ACGCGGACAAGAUGGCGGCGGCAGCGGUCGACAGCGCGAUGGAGGUGGUGCCCGCUCUGGCCGAGGAGAACGCGCCGGAGCCGGCGGGCCUCAGCUGCCUCGUCAACCUGCCGGGCGAGGUGCUGGAGUACAUCCUGUGCAGCGGCUCGCUGACGGCCGCCGACAUCGGCCGCGUCUCCAGCACCUGCCGGCGGCUGCGCGAGCUGUGCCAGAGCAGCGGGAAGGUGUGGAAGGAGCAGUUCCGGGUGAGGUGGCCUACCCUUAUGAAACACUACAGCCCCACCGACUACGUCAAUUGGUUGGAGGAAUACAAAGUUCGGCAGAAGGCUGGCUUGGAAGCCCGGAAGAUCGUGGCCUCGUUCUCCAAGAGGUUCUUUUCGGAGCAUGUUCCUUGUAACGGCUUCAGUGACAUUGAGAAUCUUGAGGGACCAGAGAUAUUUUUUGAAGAUGAACUGGUGUGUAUCCUGAAUAUGGAAGGAAGGAAAGCUUUGACCUGGAAGUACUACGCAAAGAAAAUUCUUUAUUACCUGCGGCAACAGAAAAUCCUGAACAAUCUGAAGGCCUUUCUUCAGCAGCCUGAUGACUAUGAAUCGUACCUUGAAGGCGCCGUGUACAUCGACCAGUACUGCAAUCCGCUGUCUGACAUCAGCCUCAAAGACAUCCAGGCCCAGAUCGACAGCAUCGUGGAGCUUGUCUGCAAAACCCUCCGGGGCAUCAACAGUCGCCACCCCAGCUUGGCCUUCAAGGCAGGUGAGUCCCCCAUGAUCAUGGAAAUAGAGCUCCAGAGCCAGGUGCUGGAUGCCAUGAACUACGUCCUGUAUGAUCAGCUGAAGUUCAAGGGGAAUCGAAUGGAUUACUACAACGCCCUGAACUUAUACAUGCACCAGGUUCUGAUCCGCAGAACAGGAAUCCCCAUCAGCAUGUCUCUGCUCUACCUGACAAUUGCCCGGCAGCUGGGAGUCCCCCUGGAACCGGUCAACUUCCCAAGUCACUUCUUACUAAGGUGGUGCCAAGGCGCCGAAGGGGCAACCCUGGACAUCUUUGACUACAUCUACAUCGACGCCUUUGGAAAAGGCAAGCAGCUGACAGUGAAAGAGUGUGAAUACCUGAUAGGCCAGCAUGUGACCGCGGCGCUGUAUGGUGUGGUCAACGUGAAGAAGGUGCUGCAGCGGAUGGUGGGGAACCUGCUGAGCCUGGGGAAGCGGGAAGGCAUUGACCAGUCGUACCAGCUCCUGAGAGACUCCCUGGACCUGUACCUGGCCAUGUACCCGGACCAGGUGCAGCUGCUGCUCCUGCAAGCCAGGCUGUACUUCCACCUGGGAAUCUGGCCAGAGAAGUCUUUCUGUCUUGUCUUGAAGGUGCUUGACAUCCUGCAGCACAUCCAAACCCUUGACCCCGGGCAGCACGGGGCGGUGGGCUAUCUGGUGCAGCACACCCUGGAGCACAUCGAGCGCAAGAAGGAGGAGGUAGGCGUGGAGGUUAAGCUGCGCUCCGAGGAGAAGCACAGGGAUGUCUGCUACUCCAUCGGGCUCAUUAUGAAGCACAAGAGGUACGGCUAUAACUGCGUCAUCUACGGCUGGGACCCCACCUGCAUGAUGGGACACGAGUGGAUCCGAAACAUGAACGUGCACAGCCUGCCUCACGGGCACCACCAGCCCUUCUAUAACGUGCUGGUGGAGGAUGGGUCCUGUCGAUACGCAGCCCAAGAAAACUUGGAAUACAAUGUGGAGCCUCAGGAAAUCUCGCACCCCGAUGUGGGACGCUAUUUCUCUGAGUUUACCGGCACCCACUACAUCCCCAACGCAGAGCUAGAAAUCCGGUACCCGGAGGACCUGGAGUUUGUCUAUGAAACUGUGCAGAACAUUUACAGUGCGAAGAAGGAGAACAUAGACGAGUGACGUCUAGUAGAGGACACUGCACCUUUGCUGCUGCUGCUCUCCCAGAGACCGGGGCUCCGGGGACGUGCCCAGGGCCCCUCUGGAUUCACACCACCAGGAAAGCCACUGCAGCCAGUAGUGCUGGUUGCCUCCUCCUAAGUUUAGAUAGCGUGUGCUCUCCUCCAGCUGCAAAGACAAUGUUGCUCUCCGCCUACACUAGUGAAUUGAUUUGAAAGGCACUGUGUUCAGUGGCAUGGCUUGUACGCUUGUCCUGUGGUGACAGUUUGUGACACUCUGUCUUCAUGCGAUCUCACAGCUGGCACCCUCAGAACCAUUCUCUGUUCACUUUGCAUCCUUACAUCCGUCUACACUUGUCUCAGAGCAUUUCAGUUUGCUGGACAGAUGGGGUCGCCCUAGGCAAUAACGGCUCUCUGACCUCUGGAACACGCAGUCCCAAGCAGGACUGUCCCUCUCUGCACUGAGGUUAGUCGCGUAUUCAGAGGUAAAGUUGAAUGCUUUCUUGGCAGCAUCUUGGAGAUGGAGACAUUAACAAACUAAUGGUAAUUAGAGGCAUUUGAAUUAAUUUUUUUAAUAUGUGAAACACAGAUUCAAGUGUUUAUCUUUUUUUAUUGUUACUUAGACUGGGAGAAUAAUAGUUUUCCCUUCCGUAUUCCUCUGUUGGGCUUAUGCACAUGUCUAUAAAUCAUUAGUUUUCUGUUACCCAGAAUUCUUUGAGAAAAUGCAUAAUAAUGGCCUUUGUGAGUGGACUUUUCCACGUUCAUCUACGCUUCCUCCCUUUAAAACGACUACUUUUUUUCUUAAUCUGCUCCCGUGUGGCGAGUAGGUGUUAAACCAGUGGUGAAACGUGCAGAUCUGACAUGAAAACGUUUGCUGUGCGAAGUCGUCCCCUGGUCUGCAGGGACCAGCGUGUGGGGGUUUCACUUCUGUCAUCAAAAAAGAAGAAAUAAUGAGCCUGGAAACUUUCAUGCCCUUGGUUCAUUCCACGGUCACUUCAGGACUUCUCCGGAAGUCGCUGGGCAGACACGGAGAGUGGGGCCCCCUGGGACGGAGGCGGCAUGCCCUCUGCCUUCUCCAGCCGCCAGUGCCCACGGGCCACCGGGGAAGUGUGUAACUUGGUGUCCCCGUGCCGUGGGCUCCUUCCGAUGUCAUUAGCAAGAGCGUGGAGUGUGCCACUCGACCUGCUGGUUUGGAGCCAGCUAAUCUUGUCAGUAACCGGCAGAGCUACCUUCUGGAGUCAGGGCCUAGUUCUUUUGCUCUCUACUUUGAAAAUACAUUAAUAGGCUCGCUCGAGCGAACGAGGCACUGGGGGCCGUGCUGCCGCCAGCCUUGGCCCGUCUGCCCGUCGGCAUGCGGCUUCCUCACACCGUGCCGAAGGACUGCCUCCCGGUUACCGUUUGGUUAACAGAGGGUAACCCAGGGAUGCCCGAGGUUUGGAAACUUCGUAGCCAGUGAAGGCUGUUAGGCGGUUGUUAGAGAGGUGAGGCUUUGGCAGCCGGCCCCUUCCAGCCUGAGUUAGCUGUUGUCCAGGGUCCACGUCCCUCGUCGCUCCAGUCCGCAGACUGGCGUGGGAGACCGUGCCCUCGCCGCUGCUCGCCUGCCGAGGCGGGGGCACUUUACACUACUCUGCUUUGCAGGCGACGGCGGCCGGCGAGGCCAUCUCCAGGAGACGCAGUCCUCAGAAACACAGAGCGUGCCAGCGGCAGCAGCGUGGGUUCUCUGGUUUGAUUGCUGUUUCUCUUAGAGUCCUGUCCAAGCCAAGAAAGGUGGCUUUACCUUUGCUGCCCCGAUUGUAAAUACGGACCGAGACUGUUUUUAAAUGUGUUUCUCCAUGAAUGCUUCCCCUGGCUCCGGGAAACCUGUAUCACCUGUGUACGUUGGUAUUUGGGCACUUUAUAUUUUUCUAAAAACGUGUUUUGGAUCCUGUACUCUAAUAAAUCAUAAGUUUCUUUU